AGUUGAAAAAAUCGAAGUUGAAAUAAAACGGCAAAUACUGUUUGUUUUCGGAGUUUCAGUCACUCAUAUUGUAUUAAUAAUGUUUUUAGGUUGAUUGUGACUGCGUGGAUAGAAUUAUUUACUAGGUUACUAAGUUCAUUGCUCCCAUGGAUUUGCAAGCCGAUUCUGUCCCGGUUGCAGAAGUCUCAACAUCAAACAACGAUGGUGAGGUCUCAAUGCCGGUUGAAUCUAUGAUUUUCGAAAAAUCUGGUGAAGAAGUAGAUACCAUUCAAACAUCUGAAAAUAAUGAGUCGGCUAUUGUUGGUGAAGAAAAUGCAGAAUUACCUUUACUAACAUGUAUCGGUAAAGAAAAUGAACCGGCUGCUGAAUUGGAGACCGAAAAUGCUAUGGAAGGAGAAGUCGAGAUGAUGGAUGAGACGCAGUUUGGAGAUAAGGUAACACUACGCAAAAAACAGAAAUCUGAGAUUAUUUCUAUAGAUGAAGACGAUGACCCUGAGUCGGUUUCGGAAAGUUUAGGUCUGGCGAAUGAAGAUGAAGAGCCCUCAAUGACAAAGAUUAACGAAGUGAUUGAUCCUGAACCCCUGGAAAAUAGCAGUCAGUUAAAAUCUUCCGAUGCAAAAGAAACAACUGUGUGGAUAGAUGAAAAGCCGACAGAAAAAGCGUGCGAAGAAACAUUUACUAGCACUGAAGAAGCCGUUGAUGAUGAAUUGGAUAAAAAUGCUGACAUCAAUAGUGAAGCUCAUAAGGCAGGUAAUUCAAAGGAAAGUCGAACUCCUGAGGUUGAGGGCAUUGGCGAUGUUCCUCCAAAUGAUGAUAACGCAGAAAAUACCGAAUUAGAGCACAAUGUAAACCCAGAAGAUUUAGAUAAUCCGUGUGAUGAUGAGUCAAAAACAAAGGCAACUGGUGUUCCAAAUUCACCGGACUUGGAGUCUCCUGUAGAAGAUAAAUGUGUUGCUCCAUCGAAACAGGAGAAGAUUGAUGCAGUGUCAGAUGUAAAAAAUGAUUCUAAUGAAAUCCAAAAUGAAGAUAAAGUAGUUACGUUGGACUCUGCGCCAAACGCUGAAGAACUUCUGAAAAGUAAAAUGCAUGAGUCUGAUGAAGGUGGUAAAACAGAAGAGUUCGAUGAGAACGAAGCAAAGUUAAGCGGUAAAGCAACUACAUCUAGUGAGUGUAACGAUGAAUUAUCGAGUAAGAUAAUUGAAAUGAAGGAUGAUGAUGUUAUCAUGGUAGAAAAUGAUUCAAAUAUCACUGACAGUUUAGAUUCACCUAAAAUCGAAAAACAUGCUGAGGAAAUAGGAACACAUUCAACUCCAACAGAAGUCCAGUCUGGAAAAAGAGAAGAUGAGCAAAAGUGUGAGCAAACUAAGGACGAUGGGGCAAAAGUCGAAGCCGCAGAUGUCAAAUGUACAAAAGAAUUAUCUAGCGAUACUCAUAAAGAAAAUGAUGAUGCUAUUACGAAACAAAGCGAUCUAAGUAUCACUGACAGCUCUGAUUUAUCUAAAACCGGUUCAGCUCCAACGUUUACAGAGAAUGAAACUGAUAGUAAGCAAGAUAAAGAAGGUGGAGAUAAAAUUGAAACCACAUUGGAAGGCAAUAAAGUAGGUCAAAAUAGCUCAGAAAGCGAAUCCAUCAACCAUAUCGACGACACAACAACUGAUAAACCUAAAGAAAGUGAUGACGAUGUUAUCAUGGUCGAAAGCGAUUCAACUUCUGCUGUCACCUUAGAUUCGUCUAAAAUAGCAUCAAACAGCAGCCAAGCAGUUUCAAGCACCGAAAAAAGUAUGUCCAGCAAGUGUUUAGAUGAAUCAUCGAGCGAUAAAAGAAAAGAGAAUACACCUGCAGAAAACGAUGAUGACGUUGUCAUGGUAGAAAGUGAUCCGGAUGUUUCGGGCAGUACUAAAACUGAAAAUUCUGACAAGGGCAUUGCAACAGAAUCAACUUCCACCGAACCUGUGUCAGAAAAGGACGUUGAAACCGUUGAUCCUGAAGGAAAAUCUAAAAUACCUGAAUUGGCGAAAGGCACAGACGAAAGCAAAACCGAUACAUUGACGGCGGAUACUAAAAAAUCUCAAUCUGCGGAAAAAGAUGAUGAAAUUAAAACAAGUUCGAAGGCCUCGGAGCCAUCAUCAGAUAAUAAAAAUGAUGCCCAAUUAGAGAAAACAAUUGUUCUAGAUGAAAAACUAGGAGUUUUCGAAGAGAAGACUGCGCAACCGGAAGAGAAAAUCCCACAACUUAUUACAGGUGAUUCUGACGAGGAUGUAGUAAUGAUCGAAGAUGAUGAUCCAGCUCCUGUGACAAAAAUAAUUCCAAAAACUACCCUUUCUGGUACUAAAACUGUCUCUGGUGGGAAACUUAAUCUCGCUGCUCCGAAACGCGCGUCGGUGCCAGAAAUCAAACCAGUAAAACCGAAAACGGUUAAGCCAGCAAGCUUCGAUUGUGUUAAUCCUGAUUGUGCUAAGUCUUCCACGGAAACCGCACCAGCACCGAGCUUUGUGUUAAAUUUUUAUAAUAUUCCAAAAAAAUCUAAGAAGCAACGGGUAUGUUUGGUUUGUUACGAUCAGGUUGUGGAGAAAUAUGCCGAAAUGAGCAAUUCGCUUGUUGAUCAACAGCCUCUGCUUUUCUGUAAAAUGCCUCAAAAGAAUGAGCUGGUGGAAAUAUCCGAUAGCAGUGAAGAGGAAGAGGAGAAUGUUCAAGAAGAGUCUGGUAAACCGCUUUCCUCUGACAUCAUCUCUUUGGUGGAGACUGAAUUACAAGACAUACUAACGUCUACGUUCGAGAAAAUCAACCUGAGUCAGCAAAUAGAAUGGACUGAGCAAAUAAUGAAACAGAAAAUUGCUUACAAUGCAAAAUUAUCUGAUGAGAUCAACAACGAGCUGAAUGAACUGCAGCGCAAGGUAGACCGCAUUCAUCUGAACCUUUACUCGAAAUCGCGACCAAAGUAUCACGAUCUUCCACCAUGUAAUAUCUACCAUGAAGUCGAUUUGAUGAAUAGGAACCAACAAACGAAAGUACAAACUUCUCAAAACCAGCUGCCGCAACCACAAAAAGCACCUGUCCCGUUACCGGUGGCUCCAAAGACCGAAGAGUUCGCCAGGCCCUCAGUCGUUAUUGGACAAUUUUAUUUUGCUGUUAAGCACAAGCUACUCAGUAAUUGGGCGGAAUGUCAGGUCGUCGAAACAGUUAGUGUUUCUGAUAAAACUCUUUACAAAGUUAACUUCCUACACAAUCAGGGCUCGGGCAGUGCACCUGUUAAAGUUGUGCCAGCAAAAUUCCUAGCUUAUCGACACUCAUUCAACGUAAAGCUACCACUCGGCACCCGUGUAAUUGCUCGUUUCGAUGCUGGAACUACUCAACCAUCGUACAAGCUUACCCAGGCAAGCAAGAGUAGCUCUUUCUAUCCGGGAAUCAUUGCCGAGUCUUUCGGCAAAUAUAAUCGACAUCGUUAUUUGAUUUUCUUCGACGACGGAUACGCUCAGUACGUGAGCCAUGGCGAUGUUCGAGUUGUCUGUGAGGAAUCCAAGGAAGUCUGGUUGGAUAUUCAUCCACACUCGCAGGAAUUUAUUCGAAAUUACCUGCUUAAUUACCGCUCGCAAAGGCCUAUGGUUCAGGUGAAGGUUGGCCAAAGAAUCAUCACGGAAUGGAAAGGAAAAUGGAUCUACGCAAAAGUAAUCGACAUCGAUGCCAGCUUGGUUCAGUUGCAUUUUCCGGAAGACAACCGUUUUGAGUGGAUUUAUCGCGGUUCAACACGACUUGGUCCACUGUAUCAAGAGAAGGCUCUCAGUAUGAGUAAAAUGAGCAACAACAAAUUUUCAAAAUUCCAGAAAAGAAAUGAACCUUCUAUCGAGUACAUCACUAUUGAUGACGAUGAAACUGAUCAGAACAAAAUAGACUCGAAGAAGCCGCCAACUCCUCAAGAGCAGGCCCUGCAGUCGUACCAAAUGCAGAAUAAGGCGCUGCAACAACAGCAGAACCUAGCAGAUGCUGCCACCAAUCGCUCGGUAGCGAAAAAAAGCACUUUUCACCGGGCCGUUUCCACGUCCCAGCCGUCGGCGGUGUUUAUGAACAGUUCGACCAUUUACUGCGAAGAUGACCGCCCGAAGGGUAAAAUCGUAUAUUACACUGCUAAAAAACAUCUUCCGCCGCUCAAAUAUAAGCCGCAUGAGUGCAACCCGAACUGUUUGUUCAAAAUCACGCAUAAUCUCAAGUCUUACAGCCCACUGGCAAAACCUUUGCUGUCGGGUUGGGAGCGACAACUUUGCAAAAUGAAAUACAAGAAGGUGUAUGUCGUAUAUCGAGCCCCCUGCGGACGACGACUACGCAAUAUGUACGAGCUGCAUAAAUACCUACGCAUGACUAAAGCUACGCUGAAUGUCGAGAACUACGACUUUGACCCUGUGGUGCAUUGUCUUGCGGAAUAUGUAAUUGAAAAUCAUAUCUACCAUAAUCCGGAUCUCUCGGAUGGUCGUGAAUUUAUGGCAGUACCAUGCGUAAACUAUUUUGACGACACGAAACCGCCGCCGUGCGUGUACUCAACGGAGCGUAUUCCAACGGAAGGUGUCAAUCUUAACCUGGAUGCGGACUUCCUGUGCGGUUGCGAUUGCGAAGAUGAUUGCAUGGAUAAAAGCCGCUGCCAGUGCUGGCAGCUUACGAUUGCCGGUGCUAAGUUUGGCAAUCCAAACACGUCGCUCGAUAAUAUUGGCUAUGUUUACAAGCGACUGCAAGAGACGGUAGUUACCGGGAUUUACGAGUGCAACUCUCGAUGUAAAUGUAAUAAUAGCUGCCUGAACCGAGUAGUGCAGCAUCCACUCCAAACAAAGCUGCAGGUAUUCAAGACCAGUAACCGUGGCUGGGGUAUUCGUUGUCUGAAUGAUGUUUCGAAGGGAAGUUUCAUAUGUAUCUACUCGGGACAUUUGCUGACCGAGGAAGCCGGAAACAUGAUCUGCCAAAUGAAUGCAAACAAAGCUGGUGAUGAAUAUUUCGCCGAUUUGGAUUAUAUUGAAACUGUGGAACAGCUUAAGGAGGGUUACGAGACAGACGUUGUGGAAUCGGAAAGUGAACUCGAUAGUGACGAGCCAGAUUAUGAUGCUAAGCGGGACACCGAUGCGUCGGACGAUGACUUCACCACGAACUGCAACCCCUCGAAUGCCGUCGUAAAAACAAGAUCCCAGGUUAGACGAGAUAGUACGAAAAAAACGGAGCCAAAAUUUGAUAAGAAACAGAAAAAGAAGGAAGACACGAAAAAUGGAUCGGAUGAUGAACGUGAAAUGGUCAGUUUGGUCCCCAAUGCCGAAAUGAUAAUUACAAAAGAAGACGAAACUAAUACAUCUAUAAAAUAUCGCUCGGUUCGCAAAAUAUUUGGAAAAGAUGAAAAAAUCUAUAUUAUGGAUGCCAAAAAGUCCGGAAAUCUUGGGCGAUACUUUAAUCAUUCCUGUAACCCGAAUCUCUUCGUGCAAAAUGUGUUUGUCGAUACGCAUGAUCUUCGUUUCCCAUGGGUAGCUUUCUUUGCUCUAUCCAAUAUUCGAGCAGGUUCGGAACUAACUUGGAACUACAACUACGACGUUGGAUCAGUGGAAGGAAAAGUACUUUACUGUCAGUGCGGGGCAGAAAAUUGUCGUCAGCGACUACUCUAAAAGGCACAGGUUAGUAGUACCUUUCCUGUAUGUGAUUGUGUCUAUGUUUUGUGUUAUUGUAGCAGAUCCACACAAGAUUGUGAGUGUUCGAUAGUUUUAAUAAAAAAACGAAACAUGGAUUAACUUUAAUGUCAACAAGCAGCAAAAAUUGUAUUAAUAUAAG